GUUGGCCUGGGAAAGGCAAUCCGGUCGUUGUCCAUGGCAACCAGGUCUUUCAUGUCCACUGUGAUUUUAAGGACCACAAGCCCUUUUGCACCUACCAUGCCUUCUCCACCUACAAGAUCUUCAAAGCCUGGCAUGUCUCCAGCAUCAACUAAAACCUCAAUGUCCAAAGUACCUCCCAAGCCUCCUGCCUCCUUGAAGCCCACCAAAUCAGCAAUGCCCAAUAGCUCCUCGGUGUCCACUAAGCCAUCAACGGCCCCCAACUCGGUCACAAGCCCAAGCAGUUCCAAGUCUACCAAGUGGGCAAGUACAAAGACAGCCCCUUCUAAACAGCCCAGCAGCAAGCCCCGAGUCCACAGCAGGGCAAGAACGCCCAGCAAGGCCAGCACUGACACCAGGGGCAGCAAAGUCAGCAAGGCCAGUGGAGUAAGACACCACCAAAGGAGGGGCACUCACAGCCGGGGCCGAACUCCUGGCAGAAGGGGAGGCCACAGCUCCAAGAGGUCACCCAGCAGGGCCAGUACUAUGACCAGGAUGAGAACUCAUGGUGCCACACCAGGUGUGCCCAACAGGGGGAGAACUCCUACUUCCCAGAAAAAACAGAGUGGGGGCAAGAGUUCCAGCCGGCCUAGAAACAACAACUGGGAGAGAAGUAAGAGCCAGCCUAAAAAUAUGAGCAGAAAGAAGAGUUAUAGCCCACCAGGAGCCUCAGGCAUGGGGAAGAGUUCCGGGCCAGCUAUAACCCCAAGUAGGGCAAAGAGUUACAGCCCCACUAGAACUCCCUUCAAGGAGAAAGGUUACAGCCAGUCUCCAUCAUUAUCAAGGAGGGUGAGAAGUUAUAGUGAGAUGAUCACCCCUAGUAGGGAAUGGAGUUACAGCCCAACUGAAGUAUCCAGCAAGGUCAAGAGUUACAACCAGGAUAGUGUACCCAGCAGGACCCGGAGUCAUAGCCGGUCUAGUACCCCUAGCAGGGCCCAAAGCCAAAGCUGGUCCAGCACCCCCAGUAGGACCCAAAGUCACAGCCGGUCUAGAAUGCCCAGAAGAGCAAGAAGUCGAAGUCAGAAGAGAGCCCACAGUAGGAUGAGAAGUCACAGUUCAAAGAGAAAUCACAGUAGGGCAAGAAGUCGUACCCGGAAAGGAACUCCCAGUCAGAUGAGAAGACAGAGCCAAUCCAGAACCCACAGCAAGGGAAAAUAUUAUAACCAAUCUGGAACCCCCAGAAGGGAAAGAAGUCACAGCCAGUCUAGAAGCCCCAGCAAGAAGCGCGAUCAUAGACGAUCUAGAACACCCAGCAAGGGGAGAGGUCACAGACAAUGUAGAAGCCCCAGCAAGGAGAGAGAUCACAGACGAUCUAGAACACCCAGCAAGGAGAGAGGUCACAGACAAUGUAGAAGCCCCAGCAAGGAGAGAGAUCACAGACAAUCUAGAAGCCCCAGCAAGGAGAGAGGUCAAGGACCAUCUAGAAGCCCCAGCAAGGAGAGAGAUCAUGGACGAUCUAGAACACCCAGCAAGGAGAGAGGUCAAGGACAAUGUAGAAGUCCCAGCAAGGAGAGAGACCACAGGCGAUCUAGAACACCCAGCAAGGAGAGAGACCACAGGCGAUCUAGAACGCCCAGCAAGGAGAGAGACCACAGGCGAUCUAGAAGCCCCAGUAAGGAGAGAGAUCAGAGACGAUCUAGAACCCCCAGCAAGGAGAGAGGUGGCAGGCGAUCUAGAACCCCCAGUGAGGAGAGAGAGCACAGCCGAUCUGGAACCUCUAGCAAAGAAACAGAUCACAGCCUAUCUAGAACCUCCAGCAAGGAAAGAGAUCACAGCCUAACCAGUAUCCCCAGAAAAGAGAGAGAUUACAGCCAACCCAGAACCCCUAGAAAACAGAGAGGUCAUAGUCAAUGCAGAACCUUCGGAAAAGAGAGAGAUCACAACCAAUCCAGAACAUUCAGAAAAGAAAGAAAUCAGAGGCAAUCUGGAACCUCCCGAGAGGAGAGAGAUCACAACCUAUCUAGAAGCUCCAGCAAGAGAGGUCACAGCCGAUCUCGAACUUCCAGUGAGGAGAGAGAGCACAGCCGAUCUCAAACCCCCAGUGAAGAUAGAGACCACAGCCAAUCUAGAACCCUCAAUAAGGAGAGCAAUCCUAGUCAAUCUACAGCCCCCAGAAGUUUCAGCCAGAAGGAUUCCACCAGCAGGGCGCACAGUCCCAGCCAGAAUGGAACACCUAGGAAGACAAGGAGACAGCCCCGCUCUAGAUUUCUCAGUGGAGCCCCAAUUCCAAGCCAGGAUGAUACUCAAGGCAAUGCCACCAUCUCUAAGGGUGCCUCACCUGGAGAGAGGUCCUCGUCGUCUUCUUCCAAGCUGGCAUAGCCCCCAGU